CGCAUCGCCCUCCCACAGCGAGCUGCGGAGCGCAACCCAGAGCCCGGGCAGGGCGAGGGGCCAUCCUUGAAGGUGGCCAGAUGGUGGAUCCCAUCUCACCACUUGCCACUAGCCCCAGGAAGGACUUGGUGGCUGGGUCUCACAACUGGAUGGCAGGAUCCAUUGCUACCUGGGCCAAGAAGAGAAAGUCCAACUUCUGCCUGCAGGAGACUGAAGUGCUAGUGUCCAAGGUCAGCAAGCACCACCAGCUGCUGUUUGGCACAGGACUGCUGAAGGCUGAGCCCAUCUGCAGGCACACUGUGCAACAGGAGACCAACAAAGCCAUCUCGACCAGCACCAGUGCCAUAAAGCAGAUGUUGGAGCUCCUUCGACGCUCCUGCCUGGGUCUGCCUCCCACUGUCAGUGACUGUCUGCUUCCAUCCUGGAGUGAGGACUGCCAUCCCUGGUUGCUGAUUGAGGAUCCUCAAUGUGGACCAGCUCCCUUGAGCAGUGACAUCCCAGGUGACCUCAAACACAAGUGGAGGAACGUGCAGGACACUGUGUGCAAGAAGCUGGUGGAGAGCCUGGCCCCUGCCUUCAUCGUCACACCUGUGGAGUGCAUGGUAGCCGAGACCUUUCCAUCUCACCCCCUCCAAGAUGAGGGCCAGGCAGCUGAGCCCCUGCCAGGCAGAGAAGUGUUGACAUCUCCAGCUGAACUGUGGAUUUUCCUGUUCCCUCUGCUUCAGCUGCCCAUGUUUAAGCUUUGCUGUGAGGCAUGUACACCUGUGCCUGGACCGCUCUGUCAACAGAUGAUCUGCACAAAUUCCAUCCUUAGAGUUGCUCUUGUGCAAAUAAUCCCACACCUUUCAAAGAAGAUUUAUUUACCACUGAGGACAAUGCCUCCAGAUUCACAGCCAGGACCUGCAGACUGUCUGGAUGGCCCACAGAACUGCCGGCCCUGGGCUCCACGGGAGUGGCUGCACCUCGGCCAUAGCCUUGGAGGAAAGUCCCAGGGUGGAGGUUGUGAGGGCCCUGGUGGCGGCCACAGUCUGGCCCCUAUGACAUGA